ACUAAUGAAUCCGGAAGUGGUUGUCAGAUGUACGCAGUGAUGACUUCUGCUUCGGUGAAUCAGUUUGAGCCAGAAGUCGGAAAAAAACGCGUGGGAACGACCAAAUUUGCGUGAGCUGCGAUGAAGACUGCGUUUGUUACCGUUGGCACUACAAGCUUUGACGACCUCAUCGAGGAAAUCACGUCCGCCGAGGCUCUAAAGGCAUUAAAGUACCGCGGCUAUGAGCAUUUGAUUCUCCAAGUGGGAAGAGGAUCGGUUCUCCCAGAUCCACAGAACUUUCCGCAUGUCACCUUGGAGGUUUUUCGCUUCAAGGACUCCAUAGCCAAGGACAUGGAACAAGCAGACCUCAUCAUCAGCCAUGCGGGGGCCGGAAGCUGCUUGGAGGCACUGGGUGCCGGCAAAGCCCUGCUGGUGGUGGUCAAUGACAAGCUGAUGGACAACCACCAGCUGGAACUGGCCAAACAGCUGCAGACGGACUCACAUUUGCUCUACUGCACUUGCCCAACACUGACCGAAACCCUGAGGAACAUGGAUCUUUCUCUCCUUCAGCCUUUUGUGCCGGGUCAGCCAAAAAAGUUUGCAAACUUUAUGGACAGAGCGCUUGGACUCCAGUGAACAGGAUUUAUUAUGGAAAAUGAACUUUUUCCCCCCACAAAGGGGUUACUCUCUGCCAUUCAUCCCUACCCAAAUGUCACCUAAUAACCACCUAUGACAUGAUCAGCUAGGCUGGGUGAAGAUCAAGUGACAGCGGGGCUGCAUUGUUUGAAAUGUUAUAAUGCAAAAACAGUCAUAUCCCCAACGCACGCCUUCGUAUCACGUCAAAGUCAAAAGGUUGGCAGACCUGCAUUGAGUUUUGAUCGAUGCAUACAUGAGCCUUAGCUGCCAAUGUUACGUUGUGAUAAGCACAGCAUACUCAAUUGCUUGGUGAAGUUGUUACUUUGCUAUUUUGACAAAAAACAUGCCACAGAUAUAUUAUGAGUUCACAUGUGAAGUGUUUUUAAUUAACUGUGACAAAAAUAAUAUGCAGUAUGUCUCUUUUUAACAGCAUGAAGUUGAAUUAUGUGUACUCAGUAGUGAUAAACUCGUUUUUUGUUUUUAUUUUUUUAAUAAAUCUGGUCCAUCAUGUGUAUGUCGGCCGUAGUGCACGCUAUCAAAGUCAUCAUAGGCUGGUAGGCUUUGUGGGCAUCCCUCCAAUAAAGCCAGUGGAGCAUCA